CGUCCUCAUCACAGGAGUCCGCAAGCGUAUGCCAAACGUUCGUAACCGACCCCCAAACCUAGCCGUCCUCGUCCUCCUCCCCAUACUCGCAUUCACCGCUUUUGCCUAUAUAUCCAAACAGCGCGAGCUCAGUAGUCCUGCUAGUAAGCGGCCUGCCCAGGGUGCGAAUCCGUUGGUACCGUCUGUUCAGAGGAAGAGUGAUUAGCUACUUCGGGAGAAGAGAUUGGUAGGGUUAUCGGCUCGGUUGUUUUCUACGAGUUUUUUUUGUUGGAAUAGGCUGGGAACGACUAUGGACCAAGUGCAGCAACCGCAUGUACAAGCCGAGACUGUCGGUGUCCCCGAGGCAGUCUCUCACCCCGACUCCACCGACCCCGCACCCGCACAAGGAAAACCAGCGUUCGACCACAAGAAAGUGCUCGUCAUUUUCGUCCUCGGCGGGCCAGGUGCUGGCAAAGGCACCCAGAGCGCAAACUUGGUUAAGGAUUACGGGUUUGUACAUCUUUCUGCUGGCGACCUCCUCCGAGCAGAACAAUCCCGCCCCGACUCGCUCUACGGUGCGCUAAUCCAGUCCCACAUCCGGGAGGGCACCAUCGUUCCUAUGCACGUGACGCUACACUUGUUAGAGGAAGCGAUGCGUGCUGCGCUUGAUGCUCACGCGCACCCGGUCGGGGAAGCGGGAGGGGGAGCGGGAGGGGGAGGGGAAGAGGGGAAAGGGUGGGCAGGGGGGAGAGGGUGGGAAGAGGGAAGGGGAAGGUUCUUGAUUGAUGGGUUUCCGAGGAAGAUGGACCAGGCUGUGAGGUUUGACAAGAGUGUGUGCAAAUCCGGUUUCGUACUCUUCCUCAGCACCACAGAGUCCGUCCUCCUGCACCGCCUAACCGAGCGUAGCAAAACCUCUGGGCGAGAAGACGACAACCCCCUAUCGAUCAGCAAGCGUUUUCGCACAUUUGUGGAAACGAGUAUGCCGGUGGUGGAGGCUUAUCGUAGGAGGGGGAAGGUUGUUGAGCUGGAUGCGAGCCCGGAGGUUGGACUGGUUUAUGAGAAGAUUAGGAUUGCGGUCGAUGCGGCGCUUGCUGUUGUCGCUCCUUGACCGGCGUGGGCAUCACGCAUGUCCUCUUUCCUGAACAAGAUGAUGUAGAUAGAUAGAAUGAACAGUCCUAGUCCG